AUGUCCUGGACACGCCAUUUAAUCCAAUUGGGUUACCGGCAGCCGAAUUUGGUGAACAAACAGCUUAUUUUGGCAGUUUUAAACUCAACGGCGACCAAACGUGAAGCGAAAGAUUAUAUGAAAAAAUACGGUCAAAAUGAUACCACAAACCAUUGUUUGAUAUUGGUCCGUGAUGUUUGGGGCGACGGUCAGAAUCGGAUUGAGAGGUUUUCUCACGUAGUCGGCCGUUUGAAAUUGUUAGGUGUUAAUCCAAUUUUUGUAUUGCAUCCCCGAACCAGUCCUUUGAAAAUUGUAGAAAAAUUGGAUUAUGCGCUUCACAAAGUCGGGCUGUCGCCAAUGCGUGUAUCUGAUCCUCUGGUAAAAAUGGCGGGUGGUCAAUUUCGUGCUGCGUUUUCUUGGCAAAAUCUUAAAGGAAUUGUACCCAUUGUACAUCCAAUUUAUUUCGAUGAAGUGACGUGUAAAAGAGUCAUUACUAACAGUUUGUCCGAUUUCAUGGUGCAAUUAGUCCAAAACGCUAAUUGUCAUAUUGAAAAAUUCGUUAUUUUGAAUGAACAUGGUGGGAUUCCAUCAGGUGAGCGACAACAAAAUUCCCAUGUUUUCAUCAAUUUGUCCCAAGAGUUUGACAGCCUUAAGGCGUCCUUGCAAAAGACUCUCGUGGCUGUUGACGGGCAGUUUGAUCCCGAAUGGCAGAAUUUUGGUCAGCAAAUUGAUGCAGUUUUCAAUCGCGAUGACCUGCUGAAGACUCAGGCACAAAUGCGAGACCAUCUCGAAGACUUGCAAGUCAUGAACGCCGUGCUGUCGGUUCUUCCGUUUACAUCGUCCGGACUUUUGACUACACCCCAAGCUGCGUCGGCACUCGGAUCGAAAAAUCCAAUUCUCUACAACGUAUUAACAGAUCGCUCUUUGAUAUCGUCAUCACUACCACGAUUCAAAAAAGAAGCUAGAAGUGAUUGUUCUUGGUAUGAACUACCAAUAAGCGACGAUACUGAAACCAAGUCUGUUGAUGCAGCAUUGGUAACGACUAUGCUUAAAAAGGGCGUUAACAUCAAGACUUUUGACUAUAAAUCACUGAAUUCUGGGAAUUGCGUUGGGUUCCCGAAGAAACUGGACCAAGGAAAUGUUACACCUGUACCGGAAUCGGAACAGCUGGAUCUUAGCAAGGUCAAACGUAUAAUCGAUGAUAGUUUUGGGCGCGAGCUAGAUCUCUGUCAUUACUUGGAAAGAAUAAAUGGAAGAAUCGCUUCCAUUAUUGUGAUUGGCGAUUAUGAGGGCAUAGCCAUCUUAACUUUUGAGGGUCCGCAGGAUUUUCCCUUCCCGUAUCUUGACAAAUUUGCUGUACUGCCGCAUCUGAAAGGCUCCCUCGGCAUUUCAGACAUUAUCUUCAAUUUAAUGUUCAAAAAAUUCCCGACUGAGUUAGCAUGGAGAAGCAGAAAGGACAAUGUGGUUAACAAAUGGUAUUUUCAGAGAAGCGUGGGUGUGCUGGAUUUGAGCAUAAACGUCAAUGGGCAUGAUGCUAAAGAAAGCAUAUUCAGGCUGUUCUUCCACAGAGGUUCCAAUGAACAUGGCAGUAACUCGAGUCUAUCGAACAGGAUAAGAGAAUAUGCAUAUUACGUCCGCGAUAUUAAGCCGAGCUGGAAGUCCUAA